CAAUGGCCAUGCUAUAAAUAAGCCUGUGGGAGGAACUUGGCUUUAGGCUUAUAUAUUCACCACUAUUAUAUGCUGUUAAAAGCUGAGAGCAGGUUAACUUCACUGGGCAAAUGGUAGGCUAAUUGCAGUGAGCAGACAGUAUUUUUAGCAUAUUUGCCACAAGCAGGCGGAGCUAAGGAGGCCUGAGAUGGAGGGAUGCUGAAUAGCAGGUGGGGACCGCUGAUGUUUACUGGAUGCACAUUACUGAGGGAGGAUCAGAGGAAACCGGACAGGGGGAAGCAGUCCGCCUGUUUUAUUUUAUUGUGAGAAGUGCACUGGUGGUUUCCUCUGAGGACGAUUUUGUACGUUUACUGAUCAGAGGACGGCACUGCUUUGGCGUCGGCUCUCGGCAGACUGGCACACACCGAGAAAGGCUCCGUCUGUGUCUGUCGCGUCGCUUGAGGCUGCAACGAUGUGACGGUCCAUCGCUGGGUCGACGGCCAGAGCCUUUUCCCUGAAACCUGAUAUUAUGCAGGAAACAAGGGACAGUAGGCGGAUUAAAGUGGAACAAAGCGUCGGUUCAGAAAACGUUUUGCAAACUGGCAGUAUAAGCCAACUAUGGUCGACCCCUCGGAGGUUGAGGAUCAAAACAAGUGCAAAGGCCCACAACUUGAAACACCAACUGUGGCCACCGAAGCCCCUCGGCUGCCAGAGGAGGGUGAUGGCGUGGUGACAGAGGACGAUGGGGACGGCGGUUUUGAGACCCCGCCCACAGGUAGCUCUGGGCCAAGCCCCUGCCACAGUGCAAGCUCGGCAGGGCCAGAAGCCACCUCUCAGGAGAUCGCACCUCAGCAACCCCAGACUCAGGCUGAGCGAGAGCCAUCACCCAAGCUGCACCUGGACCUUUACAACUUCGACUCACCAGCCGCAGAGGGCAGCCGCUACGUGCUGACCAGCCCCCGCUCUCUGGAGGCGUGUGCCCGAUGCGGGGUCAAGCCCGUGGAGCUCCUGCCCCGCCCACUGGCUGAGUUCGCCCGGGAGGCUCCUGGCCGAUCCAUGCGCGUUGCAACAGGGCUGUUUGAAGUCUACGAGAGGGACAGGCAUGCUAAACUCCGCCAGUGCAGAGAGGAGAGGGAGAGGAUCGUCAGGGAGGAAAAAAGACGGAUCUUGCAGGCUGCAGUCAAUGGCAACAGCAGCACGUCAUCCUCCUCAGUGGAGCAGCAGCACAAAGUCACUUCUGGCUCCAGUCAGCCUUCUAAAUCUGGGCCCGUGACCUCUAGCUCAGCCCCUGAUUUCGGAGCAUCCUCUAGAGCCACAGCGUUAGGUGCGACCUCUAAAACAGGUACAACUCUUUUAUCUAAAGCCUCCCCCUCCAGUCUUAGCACCUCCCCUAAGUCUGUCCACACCGGCUCCCCCCAGUCUUCAAACACUGGUUCAGUGAGCUCUGUGUCGUCCUCCAAAGGUGUUUACUCUGCUAAAAAGGCACUGUCCUCCUCCUCUGAACAAGUUAAAGCCACACGAGCGGUUUUGUCCGGCCCUCCAUCAGUAGUCAGGAAGUCCUCUGGUGGUAAAUCAUCAAACACCUUCCCCAGAUCAACGCCAAAACCCCCGUCCUUCCCAAGAGCCAAUUCUACAUUAACGUCCUCAGUGUCAAAGUCUGCAGUCCAGAGCCCUGCAACGCCUGUAAAUGGCGUAACAAGAGGACCGUUCUCUCAGCACAAUGGACACCUGGGAUUUCAUUCGAAGGUGCGAGGAAAAAGCCAUUCGCUGGAGUCCUUACAGCGGAGGAUGGAUACAGUCUGCUCUUCCACCUCCAACACCACAACUACUACAACAUGCACCUCGUCAGAGUCCGGCGCCUCCUCCUCCUACAGCUGGGACGGCGCCCGUGAUUACUGGGCGAAAGUCUCAAGCCCCCGCGCUCGCACCCUGGCAACUUUCAACUCCCUAAUGGGCCGCAGCCUCAGUCUGGGUGACCUAAGCCACUCUCCUCAGACCACACAAAAGGUGGAGCGCAUAGUCAAGGAGGUAAAGCGCCGAGGGCUGAAGGCUGUUCCCGAGCGAGACCGCAAGAUCGCGGCGUUGAUGCUCGCCAGAUACCAGGAAGAAGACAUCAUGAGUCAGACCCGUUACGUGGCUCACCUUCAGUGGGACAGCGAGCGGCGCAUGGACGAGCUACGACGGGAGCAGGAGGACCGGGAGAAGCAGCGUGCGGUGCUGCAGUGCCAGCGGGUGUGGCAGUCGCAGGUGUCAACACGCCAGCGUAGGCUCAGCCAGCAGGAACGGGAGUCCGCAGCCGCCAAACUGAGACAGGCCGCAGAGAAUGAGGAGCGGUGGAGGGAGCUGGCAGAGCAGCAGGAGCGUCACCGUCUGCAAAAGCUGCAGCAGGCAGCCCAGGAGGAGAGGCAGAGGAAAGCCUUGCAGGAGCAGAACCUGAAAGCUUUGGAGGACGACAGAGCGGCUGUCCUGGAGCAGGAGAGGCUGCUGCUGAAAGAGAAGCUCACCAUGGCUGAGCUAAAGAGGCAGGAAAAAGAGCACCAAGCCCAGGAGGAGCGACGGGGAUUGAACAAAGCCGAGCAAAGGCGACACGCUGCCCUAAUACAGGAAAUCUCCCGCCGAGAGGAGGAGGAGAGAGAGGAGGCUAGGAAGACAGCAGAGCAGAAACUCGUUCGCUCCCUUGAGAAUUAUGAACAGAUAGUCGAGCGUCGGGGGCAGGAGCUGAAAGAGAAAGCCAAGCGUGAGGAGAAGCAAAUCCAGAAAGCUCGCAAAGCAGCAGAGAAGCGUGAGCGCCAGCAGCAGCAGCAGCUGGAGGCACGUGUGAAGGAGGCAGAGAAACGGGCCCAGCAGGCAGCGCUGGUGGCGGAGGAGAGGGCCAAGGAGAAAGCCCAGCGGGCCAUCCAGACCCGCCAGGAGAAGGAGAAGCUGCAGAAGCUCAACAGGCAGCGCGUGGAGGAGGAGGAGAAGCAGAGGCGCUUGGAACUUCUCCAGUCCAUCGAGAGGAAGCUGGAGAAGAGCGAGCAGAUCUUCAAGGAGAAGCGCGCCGUGCUGGAAAGCGCCCGCUCGGUGGCCCGGGCCUCCUUCCACGUGCGGGACAGGGUGCGGGAGGAGACCAACAUGCGUACUUUUGAUAAGAUGGCCCUGGAAGCCCAGCUCAAAGCCAGCCUGGAUGAGAAGUGAACCUGUGUCUUUGCUGAGGAGUCCUUACUUCUGGUCAUGUGCUUGGCUCCUGCCUUCAUUAUGGCCUUCAUUACUCAACAGCUUUACCCAAGUUCCCAUAAAGAACCAUUGCAAUUUUUGUGUUAUAUUUUUCCUGAUAUAACUUUACCCAUCAAUUGCUUUGAUUCACUUUUUAAAUCAUUCAUUUUUACAUGGAAAUUCCAUCAAAGGAAACCAAAUGAAGACAUAAUUUUGUAGUGUGGAUGUAAUGGAAGUACAAACUACAUUAACUGGUGUAAAUGGUUUGCCUGUGUGGGCCAUAGACUUGAUAUAAGACAAGAGUAUAAAGAGAACUGCCUUGUGCAGCAACACAACCCCUCCUCUCUUUCUCUGUGCCCUCUGCUCUGGCUAUCUCAGCUACUGGACUGAAAGCUGUGCUGGAAUGAAAAGAGUCAUUGUUUACCAGGAAGCACAACUCCAUGACAACUGCAGGGGCUUUUAAGGGAGCGCUCCUUAAAGGGAAAAUUAAGAAAAGAGAAAAAGCAGGAAAAAAUGGUUCUAGACCCCCUAAGCAAAUGAGGGAUCCUUUUGUACACACUGUGAUACAGAUAGAAACACUGAGCCCAUACAGAUAAAGCCCGGGGCUGGAAACUGUCUUUACCUAACCGCUGACAGUGCAGUACAGGAGGGCUCUUUUGCAUGAGCCCGGUGCUGAUGAAGCACUGGAGGACACAGGUUUCUGCAGCAGAGGUGCUCUUCCUCCCCCUCAGCCUCCCUCCCAGAUCCUCCUGGACUCCUGUCUCUCCUCCUCAUGUCAUGUAACAGUAAACAGUGAAGUGCUCCGAGAGACAGCCACCUGCCCCCCCCACACACACAGUCGAUCUGCUCCUGAGACCUGCAGGGACAAACAGUCGGCUUGUGACUGUGCCAAGGUCGACAGGUCCCGCUGAUUAACGAGGACAUGGUGACGUAACCUGCUAUCCUGCCGUACACAGCUCUUCUUCCCACGCUCAGCCCUUUUCUGUAGCUGCAGCUAAACUGUAUGUGAAGGAGCCGGACAAGUCGAUGAAACACGCCGCUGUGUGAUGGAAAUACUAUUUUUCGAUUUGUCUUAAUCAGCGACAAGGCCAUCCGCCCGGGGGUUUGAGACUGCAAAGCUUGGGAAUUCACCCAGAGAGGAAGCGAUAGCCUUUGACCUGCAGAAAUGACAGCUGUAACAUGUGCAAGGUUCAAACACAGCUUUAUUAACAUCAAGGCAUGUCGUUCAGUCCAUACAACUCAAAUAUUAUGUUCUUUAACCCCUUACCCUGAACACAUGGGCUUCUUCUCCGCCUCAUUUCUCACGUUAAGUUAACUCAUCAUUUGUACAUGAUCAUAAAAUGCUUGCUUCCGUGAAUUACAUUGACUUAGAUUGUCGAGGACAGACUUUAAGAUGUAGCAGUGAUGAACGGGUGAAGGGUGAUAUCGGAGACAUGUCUGUGAUUUCAUUGUUUUCAUGAACCCCUCCCCAAAAUACACCUCUGUUAAGAAAAGGACACAAUCUGUGCAUACAAUCAAUCCCAGAAUAAUA